AUGAACGACGAGGACCUAGAGACGAUUGAUGAAGUCGGCGAGGAAGAGAGUGAAGCCAAAGACGAGGACGAACGAGACGAACCGAGUGAGGACGACGUGGUCACUGAGCAGAUAGAUCAGGGAGCACAGCAAUCCCGAGCACAAGUGGCUACGGACAGAGUGAAGCCAGCAAGAAGAAACUCCGACCGAGUGGAACCCGCGAGAGCAGAAGGUGCACAUCCGGAAGAGCCCGUCAGGGAUCCAGCCAGAGAACGAGAGCAGCGGCGCCAGCAACUCAGAGCGGAAUUACGAAACGAGUGGGGCAUGUGUUGCACGACCUCCGUUUCAUGCUACAAGAGCUGGAAAGACAGCCUACAUGCCCGGAACGCCGAUACAACCGCGCAGACAUAUGACCUUCCCAGCGGAAAUCAUAUGCUGUGUGUUCUGCGACGCAAUCCAACAGCACUAUAG